CGCUACUGAAAGGCUUGCCCGUACAAUUGCUCUCAGCUCCACUGCCAGUCGCAAAGGUAAUUUGAGUGCACCAUCAUAACCGUAGGAUGUUGGAUCAUAGCUCCUCUUCGAGCGACGUCGAGAGUGAUUUUGGUGCUCCCCGAUAUAUCAACAAUCUAUACAUAGGAACGAGCUCCUUGUUGAAUGACCUCUCAGCGGAAGUCCUACAACUCAUCUUCGACCGGGCUGUCGCGCCAUCGUUCUUGAUCAGCCCGCGCUACGCCAUCUGCGAGGAUCCAUGGCUCAAAGCCAUGGAGAUGAAGACAACCCUACCUCUUGUCUGCCACUCCUGGUACAAUGCCUCCAUUGGAAUACUCUACGCCGACAUCGGUUUGCGCAGCGUCGGGCAAGUGGCCGCGCUGGCCGAUACGAUAGAAAAGGCGCCGACUCUCGCACCGCUGAUCAAGUCGCUCGCCUUCGCCUGCUAUGUCGCGAAGCACCACGAAGCGGCGUACACGCACGAUGCGGGCCUGCUCUUGCAGAUGUGCAAGAACUUAUGGCGCGUAUCCUUCAUCGCGUACAAUAAUCUCGACCUUGGGCUGCUGCUCCCCCUCCUGCAUCCGGACGUCCCAGAUAAUGCGCACAUCACCCAUCUGGACGUCGAUAUCCACCCGGGGUGCGAGGUCUUCAUCAACGGAAACCUCGAGAUGCACAACGCGCCGCUCUUCGCAACCCUGCGCGUGGAUCCGCGCACGAUCGUCGACCUCGCCGCGCAGCUCGUCGAGCUGAGGCUGCCGCUCAUCGAAGAGAGCGCACAGCAGGUUGAGCUGCACUUCCCCGUCCUUCGCACGUUCAGCUGCGAGGUGAACAAGUGGGGCAGGUCAUCGUUCACCUAUCUCGCGCGCGGGUGGCGGAUGCCGGUGCUGGAGAACCUGACGAUCAGCUGCAUCACGAGGGGGCAGGCGUGGAGGAACGUCCCAUUCUUGCUUGGUGACGGAAACUGGAUGCAGCCGUUCAUUGCUGAGAAUGGUCCACAUCUGCGCUACUUGCACAUCCGCACGGACUACGACUACCACAGUUGCGACUUCACGUUCGACAUUCAGCCCAUCCUUGACGUCUGUCCGCUUCUCGAGCAUAUCGUUUUGCCACCGCAUGCUAAGGUCCCCCAAGGACAUCUCUCCUUGCGCUGGAUCGAUACUUGGGAGCCGUCAGAAUUCUGCCAGAUGUCCUCAAAAGUAAGGCGCGAGUCUAUUUGGGGACGCAGAUUCGAAUUUCUGCGCGAGGAAGGGGACGCCGACGAGGUCAACGAAGCCACCGCAGGCCUGCCCGCAUUCCGAGGUAUGCGUACCAUCGACUGUGCCCUAUGUUGCCUGCGCGACAUACAGAGCAUUCUGCAACCUUGCGCUCGGGACGCCGGUGUCUUUGAAUUCCCUGGAGUCAUGCUCUUGUCCUCUUGCAUACGCGUCUGGCGAGGCGAUCUGCACGCACGGUUCGUGGGUAAUGAUGAAGAUAGUAGGGAUGAAGUCUGGUCGAGAUUUGCAAGGGAAUCCCCACCACCUGUGCCUCUUCAACCUGUUUGGCACAGGGAUCGCAGCCCGGGGAUCUCGGAUACGCUGAAGUAUUCCAAGUUCGAUGACGAAGGCGACGUUCUUGGGAGAUACUAUCCAUCAGAGGAUGAGGACGAAGAGGAUCGUACAUCGGCUAUACACAGCUCGGACUCGGACGGCUCAUGGGUGGACUCGGACUCGGAGCCAAGCAUUGGAGAAGGUAGAGACGAUGGGCCGCAGCGGACGAGUGACGGUGAGCUCGUACAAUGGAUGCACGAGGAGAUAUUGGCGGCGUUUAGACAGAAUAUCUAGAUUGGCAUUUUCUGCUUGCUGAGAUAAUCCGAUUGACCCGGGGCUGCAAUGGGGGAUGUUC